CUGUACUGUUUAGUGUCAUGCUCGCGCUCCAUUGAUACUGGCUGCCUGUACUAGAGCGUGGAGCGGACUAGGGAAAAACAUAAAGGAAAAACGAAAACAAUCAAGCGGCAACAUUUAAUACAAUAAUGAUAGCGACACAACUGCAGGCACUGGCAUCCCUUCGGUGACAGUCAAGACAUCACAAGGAAGAGGAGGAAGAGCUAGGAGAAGACCGCACAUCUGGGAAGACAUUUAAAAGUAACUAAAGCUUACUUGACCACAGGUAGUUAUCGCGCGUCAAAUAAUAUCAAAGUGCAGGUCAUGCGGAUAUCUCCGGGUGGAGAUCGAGCUGUGUUUCAUUGCUAGUAGAGGUCUUCUUGGGAAGAAGAUCACUUAUUUCCAGCUGAACAAGAACAGGAUAAAGCCAUGUCCCGAAGAAAGCAGAGCAAACCCCGGCAGAUCAAACGUUCUAUUGGUGACCUGGAGGGUGGUGAGGACAACACACCUGAGGAUGUCAGCCUAUCGGGCGAUGAGGGCGGAGCCUCAGACUCAGCAGAAUGUGACAGCUCCAGUCCACCACCAUAUACCCCCCUGUACAAUGAAGAGCCAAGGACACAUGAAUCCCUUUGUGCACCUGAUGAUGAUGAGGAGGAGGAGGAGGAGGAGGAGGAGAAAGGUCCAACACACACUAAGGAGGAGAUGGAAGAGGAGGAAGACUGUCUACAUUGGAGGGGUCCAGAUGAUCUGGAGCUGAGUGAUGAUGCUGCUUACCCCAAGGUCCUGGCCUGCAGGGACCUCACCACUGACACACUAUGGGGGCCAUACGCUGGGAUCGUCCAAACAGAAGAUGCGGGAGAUGACCAGGAGUCAGAGAUCUCCAGGUUGAGCCUGGUGUGUGAGGACACAGACUGCUGGCUCCGUAGAGUCCUGUUAACCUCUGAUGCAACAGAUACCAACUGUACCAUCUACAGCCAAGGUGAGGAGCUGUAUUGUAAGGUAACUCAGGACAUCUCCACAGGGGACGGUCUGCUGGCUACGCUGUCUACACCCUCUAUGGAGCAGCGGUCCCCCUCUAAGACCCAGGGUGUAGCGGUGAAGGAGGAGCCUACAGGUGUCUACCCAGCAUCCCUCCACUCUGAGAUACAGCUCCUCCCCCAGCAGGCUGGGAUGGCAGCCAUCUUGGCCACAGCAGUUGUCAACAAGGACAUCUUUCCGUGUAAGGACUGUGGGAUCUGGUACCGCAGUGAGAGGAACCUCCAGGCCCACCUCAUGUACUACUGUGCCAGCCGGCAGAAGCAGCAGUCCUCCUGCUCCCCUCCACAGGACAAGCCCAAGGACUCCUACCCCAAUGAGCGUGUCUGCCCCUUCCCACAAUGUAACAAGAGCUGCCCCAGCGCCAGCUCCCUGGAGAUCCACAUGCGGACACACAGUGGUGAGCGUCCCUUUGUGUGUCUGAUCUGCCUGUCGGCCUUCACCACUAAAGCCAACUGUGAGCGUCACCUGAAGGUGCACACGGACACGCAAAACGGAGUGUGUCACGGCUGUGGCUUCAUCUCCACCACGAGGGACAUCCUCUAUAGCCACCUGGUUACCAGUCACAUGGUUUGUCAGCCCGGCUCGCACAGUGAAGUGUACUCCCCAGGUCCUGGCCUGCCCAAACUGCCUCUGUCCACAGGUCUAAGUCCAGGGGACUCUGGUGUUGUGUUGAAAUGUCAGAUAUGUGGCCACGUCACAGACUCACCCGGCCAGCUCCAGCAGCAUGUUCGCACACACCUGGAGGUGAGGGUCCCGGCAGAGAGGAGCCCCUCACCCCGCCAGAGCACCCCGUCCUCAGCUGACCACCCUGAGCCCCCUGCCUGCGUACCCCACCCUGACUCCUCCAGCCCUGGGGCCAAUGGGAGCUCAGCCACCCCGCGAGGCUGCAGCCCACCUGACCACCUCCCCACAGACAUGAGGAUCAAAGAGGAACUGCGCUCAGACUCUGAGAAUGAGGGGCAGGAGGAGGAGGACCGGGAGGGGAAGAGCCAUGGACACACAGGGGUAGGGUGCUCUCAGACCUCCACCUCCCCCAGGAGUCCCUUUGCUGUGGCUGUGAAGGCAGAGCCAACCAGCCCCACCCCUGGCUCCAGCCCUGCCCACCCGGGAGGAGCUGGCUCAGUGCUGCCUGGAGGAGCUGUAUUCCUGCCACAGUACAUGUUCAGCCCAGAGGCAGCCAUCCUGCCCCAGGCCUCAGAGAUCCUGGCCAAGAUGUCUGAGAUGGUCCACAGCCGGCUGAAGCAAGGCCAGGUGUCCCCUGGGGCAGCACCAGCCUUUUAUCCCGCAGGCACUACCGCCACUGUCCACAAGGGGGCCACCUGCUUAGAGUGUGAUAUCACCUUCAACAACAUCAACAACUUUUACGUUCACAAGAAGCUCUACUGCUCCAGCAGGCAUCAGCAGGGAGACGCGGCUGGCCCAGUGAAGGAGGGGGCCUCGGGGGUCACCGUCCCCUCUGUCCGACACGGUUCAUCCCCUCAGGCUGCCACAGCCUCCCACAGUGACUCAGACCCUGUUCCAGGCAGCACCGGCACAGAGGGCAAGCUGGUGGAGAUGAAAAGUGAGAACCCUGGGGUGAAGGAGGCUGUGUCCUCCUCUUCCUCUGAGGGGGAAGGUGGUGGAGGAGGACGAGACCUGGUCAGUGAGGGCAGCCAGAGCCCCAGCGGCUCAGCAGAGGACCAGGAAGAAGACCCCACCAGGACCUUCUGUCAGGCCUGCAACAUUCACUUCAGUCGCCAUGAGAACUACACGGUCCAUAAGCGCUUCUAUUGUGCCUCACGCCACGAUCCGUCCAACCAGCGGUCAAGCGCUGGCAAAGCCACCUUCCUGCCUCAGCCCAUCCGCACGCGCAAGAGGAAGAAGAUGUAUGAGAUCCACAUGGCUCGGACUGAGGCCCUAGCCAACGCUGCUGCUAUUGCCUUUCCCUCUGCUCCAGGGAUGAGCCCGGCUGUGAAGCAGGAGGCUGCUGCCUCAUUGGGGAAGGUCCUGGAGGCACCUGUUCCUGCCAUGGCCUUGGGCCUGUGUCCAGCCACUUCCAGUAGCACCAGCCCUGAUGGAGACGGCCCAAUCGACCUGAGUAAGAGGCCCCGUCUGAGGGACACCCCACGGGGCAGCAGCAGCAUCUCUGCUCUGCCCCUCACUGACUACCACAAGUGCACCGCCUGCAGCAUCAGCUUCAACAGCAUUGAAAACUACCUGGCCCACAAGACCUACUACUGCCCGGCCACCACCCUGCAGGCCCACACCCUGAAGACGCUCCACAGGCUGAAGAGACCAGCCUCCACUUCCCCAGAGGCCAAUGGGCUCCCCACAGAGAAGGCUCCUCAGGGGGCCUCGCCCAGCCCUCACCCCUCAGCUUUGCCUGGCUCUGAGGCUACAUCCCUUCACAGCGGCCCUGCAGCCAAAGGCCCAGGCUCUCCUCCUGUGGUCUGCCCCUACUGCCCUCCCAAUAGGGCGGUGACCUGUGACCUGGUGGAGCACUUCAGAUCCAUGCAUGGCCUGGUCUUGAACCUGGAAGGCCAGCCAGCUGUCAUCAGCCCCAGCCUGAGCCCCAGGGAUGAGACUCCAGUUACCCCGCCCAAACUGGGCCUCCAGACCCGCAGGGACAGCAUCAACAUUCGGGUCAGAAUGGACACUGUAUCCCCCUCCUCUCCCCUGGUGAACAUUAGCCCCCUGGGUCCCCAUGCUGGGGGUGGCAGCUCCCCCAAAGCAGCCCCUCCUGCUGUGUCUCCCACCAGGUCCCUCCCCCUGACUGUGUCCCCUGUGCCUGAGGUCCUGAGGGAGGUUGGGGUUAUGAACCACCAGGCUGCUGUUGCUCUGCUUCCAGACAGGGCAGCCCUCACCCUGGGUCUCCCACUCCCUGUUGCUGUCCCGGCACCUACCACACCCAAGACCCUCCUGGUCUCCCCUUUGCAGAACGGUAACAUCCGCUUCUGCCGGCUGUGCAAUAUCAAGUUCAGCAGCCUGUCCACGUUCAUAGCCCACAAAAAGUACUACUGUUCCUCCCACAGCGCUGAGCACGUCAAGUGAACAUGCCUGUCUCUGCACAGUGUCCCCUCACAGCCUAGCCCCAGCUCUUCACCUGUGUCAGUGCCACCAUGGCAUAGCACCACUUCUGGACAGUCUGAAGUAAAUGUGACUGUUACUCGCCAGGCACUGGUUAGCUGCUCGGACGCUGACGCUCCCGGUAUUGUUACUAUGGUAACUUAUUUCUUCUUAUGGGUCAAAGUUCGUAUUACACUAAGAGCGGAGAUACGCUACCUGCACACACAUUUGUGCCCACCUUCCCUUCCCCACCACCUCAAUACCUGUCCCCUAGCCCUCUCCUUCUCCUCUCACCUCCAAGGUUCACAGAAUGUUGAUAAUGGGAUUUCUAGAUCCAACAUUUAAUCUCCUGAGCAAGCUUAAUUUAACUGUUUAUAUUACAGUUAUCUUGAUUUGAUUGUGAUUGUUUGAAGCAUUUCUUGCUCAUGACGAAACUUUCUUUUCCUGAGCCAUUGAUGCUCAUGACCUGUCAUUGAUUGGGGACAACUGUUGUCCCACAGGGCCCUCUUGUGGAGCAGACCAUCUCCACCUUUUUAUUUCUACCUACCUGUGCAUAGUGUAUGAUGCUUUAAAAUAAUUAUAUGGUUUUGUUUGAACACUGGCUCUUUUGUUAACUAGAAAGCAUUUUAGCUGAAUUACAGGAAUGGGUGUCACAAGGUUAUCAAUUACAGAUGAAAUAUUUGCAAAUGGAUAGAUUUUCGUUUUUCCAAAAUCACAAUUGUAAUUUCUCUUAAUGCAACGGAAAGCAUGGGAAAUAUUUAUCUCUGAUUUCAUGUCAACAGAAAACUACCUAGCGUCUGAAAAUAUUUGUAUUUUUUAUUUGUAUUGUUUUCAAACUUUUCGAAGGAACUGUUUCAAUCUUGGUGUGUAAAGGUGUUUUUGUAAGUGUAGAUAUAUAAUAUCUUUCACAGUAAUCACUGGGAUGACACUGAAUCUUAUUUUCAUUAUUGUCAGCAUUUUUCUUUAAUGCUGGUGUUUUAAAUUUGGGUAGAACGAAGAUGACUGGACCUGAGUAUCAGGAUGAAGACACUUCACUUCCUGUUCCUAUAAUGCCCUUCACAACACCACCCAUCUCCCCAUUAAACCUGACCUUUAACCCACAAACCUCCUACUGUAUCAACAUAUUACACCCGCCAAUCUGCAGCUGCUGAUACACAACCAUCUUGCUAUAUGAUGCUUGAAUUAGACAUGGGAUCCAUUUAAAUCUAUGUUGAUUAAUUGACACCUGUUAGUGUUUGCUUGUUCUAUUGUGUUUUUCCGGUAAUGAAGAAGAAGAAGAAGAAAAAAUGUGAGAAGGUGUAAGAGACAGGCAAGGACAGCAGAUGUAUUUCACGGAUUGUAGAGAGACACACGGUAGAUACUGUAGCUCCUAAAACUGUCAUGUCUAAAACACAAACACACAUACAGUUGAAGUCGUAAGUUUACAUCCACUUAGGUUGGAGUCAUUAAAACUUGUUUUUCAACCACUCCACAAAUUUCUUGUUAACAAACUAUAGUUUUGGCAAGU